AUGCUUCCCAGAGUUCAGCUGCGUGCCGGGGCGUUAUCCCGGCCCCGGCCAGCCUAUUUUCCAGGCGAGGAAAUAUUUAACCGCGGCGUCAGCGGGCAGGGCAGGCCUGCAGGAAUGGAGAGAAGCGGGCAGCACUCAUUCCCUGCUGUCCCCCCGGGCCAGCCUCAGGGUGACCAUCUCCAGCUCCUGCUGCGCCGCAGCCAGGAGGCCAAAAACUGCGCCUAUUGCCCCUACAGCCGGUUCCCGGUGGGAGCUGCACUGCUCACCGCCGGCGGGGAGAUCUUCUCGGGGUGCAACGUGGAGAACGCCUGCUACAGCCUGGGGAUGUGCGCCGAGCGUGGUGCCAUCCAAAAAGCCAUCUCUGAGGGGCACACCAGCUUCAAGGCCAUGGCCAUCGCCAGUGACAUGGGGGACCACUUCAUCACACCCUGUGGCGCCUGCAGACAAGUGAUGAGAGAGUUUGGCACAGACUGGGAUGUCUACCUGACCAAAGCAGAUGGCACCUACAUUGUCAAGAGGCUGGAGGAGCUGCUGCCACUCUCCUUUGGCCCUGAGGACCUGAAGAAGGUCUGAGCAGCGUGGCCACCAUCAGCAUUUGCCCUUAGGCACAGGGGACAUUGGUUUUCCCCGAUUUUCUCAGCUUGUAAGCAGCUUUUUGGGAGCAACACAGUGGGAAAUCUGUUUAUACUG